CAUCCCUCGGUCGCCCCGGCAACGCCGGCCGGGCCCAACAUGGCGUCGUCGUUGCGAGCCGGGCCGCGGCUGCGGCGGGCGGUGCGGGCCGGAGAGCUGGCAGCGCUGCCCGCUGGGCUGCGGGAUGAGCUGGAGGCGGAGCUGGAGGCGGCGCUGGCGGCGGAUGGAGAGCUGGUGCCUUUCAGCCUGCUGCGGAGGCUGCACGCCGCGCUGAGGGAGGCAGGGUCCCCGCUGCACCUACACGAGCUGCUGGAAGGAUGCGAGAUCCACCUGCCCGAGGUGCCGGUGCCGCCGCGGAACCCCGAGCUGGUGGCCCGGCUGGAGCGGAUCAAGGCUAAGCUGGCACACGAGGAGUACCAGCGGAUGACCCGCAACAUCACCGGGCAGGAGAUGAACGGGCCAUUGGCUGAAUUUGGGAGGCAAGUUCGCUCCGUGAAAGCCGUUGUCAUCACCAUCUUCAACUUCAUUGUCACCGUGGUGGCCGCCUUUGCCUGCACGUACCUGGGCAGCCAGUACGUCUUCGCAGAGACAGCGGCGCGUGUCCUGUCAGCCGUCAUUGUGGCCUCAGUGGUGGGCUUGGCCGAGCUGUAUGUGAUGGUGCGGACCCUCGAAGGGGACCUUGGCAAGCUAUGACCAUGAACUGCAGGCUUCGUGCUGGAGGCUUUUUGUCCUCCCCAGGAGCUGCUAAUUUGGGACAGGUUUUCUCCUGUCUGUACCUGUUCCUGCUGUGGGAAGACUGCUGCACUCCUCAGGCUCGUCCUUUGCUUCCUGCUCCUGAAAUGAAUCAUGGGUUGGAAAUCCCAGAGCUGUGGAACAGGAGAGGCAAUGGCUGUGGACUCUGACCACUCCAGCAGGGAGAGAGGCAUCAGUUCCUGCCAUCUCUGUUUUCCUGGGAAGUUCCUGUCCUUUUAUUCUGGAAAUAAAUAACACUGUGUGUUCAUAACCUUC